AUGUCUGUAUCUGCAGUGGCCACGCCUACGAUUGAACAACAACAAAUACUUCAACAACAACAACAGCAGUUGCCUCAGCAGACACCACUCAAUGGUUAUGUUGGUUUCGAUACCAUUACUCAGCAAAUUGAAAAGAAAUUACUCAAGAAAGGAUUUCAAUUCAAUGUGAUGGUGGUGGGUCAAUCUGGCCUUGGAAAAUCAACGCUUGUCAAUACUAUUUUUGCUUCUCAUUUAAUUGAAAGCAAAGGUAGAUUGGAUGCGGCUGAAAUGACUCGCCAAACCACAGAGAUUGAAUCCGUAUCUCAUACGAUUGAGGAAAACGGGGUUCGUCUAAGAUUGAAUAUUGUAGAUACACCGGGUUAUGGUGAUAAUGUCAACAAUGAUAAUUGCUGGGAACCCAUCAUCAAAUACAUCAAGGAUCAACAUUCAGCUUAUUUGCGCAAAGAAUUGACAGCCAGACGCGAACGUUACAUUGUAGACACCCGUGUGCAUUGCUGUUUGUUCUUUAUCACUCCUUCAGGCCAUUCUCUAAAGCCGAUCGAUGUCGUUGUCUUGAAAAAGCUUUCUGAAGUCGUGAAUGUCGUCCCUGUGAUUGCUAAAUCAGACUCUCUUACCAUAGAAGAACGUGAUGCCUUUAAGCAAAGAAUCAAGGCCGAACUUUCUCUCCAUAAUAUUAGACUCUAUCCUUAUGAAAGCGAAGAAGAUGAGGAGCAAGAAAGAGCAUUAAACGAAAGCAUUUGGGAAUUGAUUCCUUUUGCUGUCGUUGGCUCUGAACGCAAUGUCGUGAUAGACAAUAAGGCAGUGCGCGGUAGAAAGACACGUUGGGGUGCUGUCAUUGACGUGGAAGAUCCCGAGCAUUGUGAAUUUAUUCAUUUGCGCAACUUUUUGACGAGAACCCAUCUCCAAGACUUGAUUGAAACAACAGCCAUGAUUCACUAUGAGAGUUUCCGAGCCAAACAAUUAUUGGCCAUUAAAGAAUCGACCCAACUUUCUAAUUCUCAGCAACAACAGCCAACUGAAUAA